AUGGGAACAAUUUGGAGGAUAUUUGUGAUAUUUUUGACGUAUUAUCCAUUUAUUGUUGCAUCGGUUUCACUUGAAUCAUUGUAUUUUAAUUUGAUUCAUCGAAAUAUUAGUGAUUUUACAUCAUUUGACAGUUUUUAUCGAGAUCUUUUAAGAGAUACUCGAGCACAUCGUCUAACUGAUACUGUUUCUUCACCGAUUAAUAUCGAUAAAAUACUAUUAAAUGAUUACAAUGAAGAUUAUAUAAAGAAUUCAUGUUAUGAAACUGCAUCAGAUCUUCUCUAUGCACAUGGAUACAAUAGAACUAAUCUGAAUUUAUCUAUUAAUGAUAUAAAAUCUCUUCUUCCAGCUCUUCUUUACACUGUCGAAAAUCCUGGAUGUAAACGUCAAUUACCACCUACAAAACCUUAUCCAUUUUUUGAUAUAUGGAUAUUCGGUUUAAUCUUUAUUGUUGCAAUGAAAUUCAUUCAUUUAAUUAUUUUUUUUAUUUCUGGUAAUCAUUCUUCAGUAUUAACAUCUGGUGGAUUAGCUAGAGCUAUAUUAAAUCAUGCUGAUAAUGUAGAACCUCCAACAGAUGAAGUUCGUUUUUCACCUGUGAAAUAUCAUCUAUGGUUAGGUCUUAGUUUUAAUGCAUUUACUUGUGGAAUUAUUCUUGGUACAGUUAGUUAUCAUUUGAUUCCGCAUAUUUAUGAAGUACCAAAUGAAGAUUUUAGUUAUACGUAUAUUCUUCGUGGAACAGUUGUUUUAUGUGGUGUCUUUCUUUUUUUUAUUGUUGAAAAACUUCUUCGAUUUCGAUUUAAAGUUGAUGAAGCACAUUUGGAUGAACCAAGUAAAGGAAAAGAAUCAUCAGAUGCACCUGUGAUACAAAUGGCUAAAAUGCGUGAAACACUUCACGUUCAUAACCGAGAUCCUCUUCAACAUAAACAAUCUGACUCACCAAUACGAUUACCAUCAACACUUGAUAAUAUUGAUGAAACAACUGGUUUACAAGUUGAUGAAGGACCUAUUAAAAAAGACAAUCAUUCUGGUCAACAUGAACAUCAAACACGCAAUUUUAUAAUAUAUCAUAUUAUUUAUGAUUUUUCAAAUGAUAUUAUAUAUGGAUGCGGUUUAUCGACCGCAUUAUCACAUGAUCGUCUUAUUGGUUUUGUUUUAUGGUUAAUGAUUUUCACUGAAGGAUUUCGACGUCAUUCACAACUUUUAUCAUCAUUAGGUCGAAAACUUGGAUUUGGAUUUUUAUUUUUUUCAGUUGUUUUUCUUAUACUCGGUUAUAUUAUUGGAGGCAUAUUAACCGGAAUUAAUCAACAAUUUACUAUUAAUUUUAUUUAUAUUCCAAAAGAAUAUAUUUAUGCAAUGGUCUAUGGUGCACUUUUUUAUACUGCACUUGUAACUCUAAUUCCGGAAUUAAAUGAUUUUGGUCAACAUUUACAUAUACAUGAAAAAACAGCAAAUCAAACAUUAAAAAAACAACGUACAUUAAAAAUCUUUGUAUUUAUAUGCCAAAAUGUUUUUCUUGUUAUCGGAGUAUUAAUUGCUUUAAUAUUAGCUAUUAUAUGGCGUUAUUACCAUCGAAAAUCUAUUUCUGAAUAUAUUUGUCCACGUGAUUCAUUCCGUCCGUAUUGUCGUUUUUGA